AUGGCAAUUCGUUCGUUUCAAAGCCGAGAUAAACAUACACACACGUCGGGCGCGCGCGAGUACACGGACGACUGCGUGUUCAACGAGACGCUGGAGCAGCACAAUUACAACACGUACAGCUCGGCGAAGUGGUCGACGGCGAGGAAGACGUUGUACCUCGGUUUGAAUCGCCGGGGCCAGCCGAGGAGGGUGCAGGCCAAGGGUCACAACUUGGGCAGGCUGUCCGCUUACGCGCGGGUGCUGACGCAGGUCGCCCCGUCGGAGCGGGUGGAGGCGUUGCAGAGACGGCUGCUGGGGGCGCAGCACAACGUCCGCCACCGGCACAACAGCCACCGCGGCGACCUGAUCCAGCAGUCGCUGUGCCCGAGCCUCCCGGUGCAGGAGAAGGACGGCAGAGACAAGUUCAGGUGUCGCAAGCGAAAGAAGAGGAAGAAGAGGAAGCGGAGGUGCAGGCCGGGGGAGAAGCCGGGCCCGCAGUGUCAAACGACGGACGAGAACGCGACGGGGGCGACGGUCCCGUCUAGAAACGAUGGCCUGGCCUCGAACGGCACUCGGUUAGAGACGAAGAGGUCCUGCGAGGGUGCAGCGAGCGACGAGGCUUGCCGAAGGGAGGCGCUCUCGGUUCCAUCGAAGAAACGGAAGCUGCGGGUCGAACAGGCGAAGAAAGAGGAGAGAGAAGGAGGAAGUGGCGGAGACAGGAACGUAACCGUGGCCGGAAACGUCACCGGGGACGGCAGGAGCGUCGUGGCGGCGAGUACCAACGAUGGGAAGAAAAGAAAGAAGAAGGGGUCAGCAGCGACGGCGGCGGCGGCGGCGGCGGCGGCGGCGAGGAGGAACUCGACGGUGCCACUAGCUCGGAAGAGGUUCACGCCUGGCGGAGCGGGCACCACGUCUGCGGCGCCGACGACAACUACCGUCGCGUCGACCACCUUCGUAACGUCCUCUUCCUCUUGGUCGUCUCCUGGUACUUCAACCGACCCCUGAGGGAAGCGAGCCUCGCCUAACCGCCGGCGAGAACUCACGUCUUUCCCUCCUCGACUGAGACGCGACCCGCGCUGGUUCGUACCAGAUUCGCGUGAAUCUUACGAAAACGAACCAAUCUCGGACUGAACUGAAGGCGACCGUGAAAGUUCCUGAGAUCGUUCCCCCGACUGAUUCUUACCCUAUGAAAAUCGAGACCGCCGUUUCCACCGUGGAACCAUAGUUUAUCGGUGUAAAGAGUUGGCCAGAUCCAUUCAGGCCACGGUUACAGUAAUUGGCGUGACGUUCUGGCAACAGGAGUCUGUCUCUCUGUCCAUCGCGCGUGCGCUCUGUACUCUCAGAUACUUAUUUUUUUCUCGUCGGGACGCGCGUCGUUCGCUGUAACGGUGACCUUCUUCGACCUUCGGCACGUCUCUUUGACCUUCCCGAGCGA